GUUUACCGGUUCUACACCUGAAAGCAAAACGAGCACAAUGCAAUGACUUUGUAACCCAAGGAUUGGAACUCGCUCGCCCGCCCGCCAAUUUCGCGUUACCUUGUUCGAUAUAGCAAAAAAAAAAAAAAUUCGCAGAGCACCCCUGUGUUGAAGUGUCUGGAAGGACAUUCUGAGGUGGGGAAAGGUAAUGCCGAGCUGUCGUCAGUUGAGAAGAAUCAGUGAUUCCGUGCCCACGAAACACGAUGAUCUCCAAGAAAGAAGCGCUGGUCAACUAUAUUCACCUGGAGGAGAGCGUCACGAUUUCAUAUCCAAACGACAAUGGCACGGCGCCGAAGAAAGCUGCAGGGAAAAAGUACACGGUGGAGGAAGCUGUGGAGACCAUCGGGUUUGGCCGGUUCCACAUCUUGCUUCUGUGCAUCAUGGGCAGCACGAGUGUAGCAGAAGCCAUGGAAAUCAUGCUGCUGGCCGUAAUUUCCCCAGUCAUUCGGUGUGAGUGGCUCCUUGAAGAAUGGCAGGUUGCCAUGGUUACCACUAUGGUGUUCCUUGGCUUCAUGGCCUUUAGUGGAGUUUGGGGUUACCUUGCUGAUAAACAUGGACGGUGGAAGAUUCUUCUCAUAUCCACCGUCUGGAGUACCUAUUACUCAGGGGUAACGUCAUUCGCACACACGUACGGCUGGUUUGUAUUCCUGCGGUCCAUGGUCGGAAGCGGAGUUGCUGGUCAUUCCCAGGGGUUUAUUCUCAUGACUGAGUUCAUGCCUUCCAAGUAUCGAGGGCGUAUUUUACCUCUGGGUCAGAUCUUCUGGCUCACUGGGUCCACAAUAGAGAUCCUCCUGGCCUACCUAAUAGUUCCCACACUUGGCUGGCGAUGGCUGGUGCGUAUUUCCACCAUACCGAGCAUCAUUCUGCUGCUGGUGUUCAAGUGCAUCCCAGAAUCGGCACGUUAUAGUGUUUCUGUAGGGAACACUCAGAGUGCCAAGCAGACCCUGAACUACAUUGCAAAGAUGAACCGCUCCAGCCUCCCUCAAGGUACCUUGAUAGAGACACAAACAGCAAAGAGGGGAAGUAUCUUUGACUUGGUAGAUUCCGAAUACAGACGCACAACUUUACAGUGCUGGUUCAUAUGGUUGGGGACAGCGUUCGCUUAUUAUGGGCUUGUCCUAACCAGCUCGGAGCUCUUGGAAAACAACGUAGUCUGUGGCUCGCCUGAAAAUGCGAAUCUGUAUAAUUCACUGGAGACCUGCCACUGUAAAAUGUUUGAAGCCGCGGACUACCAGACCAUGGUCAUCAGCACUUUAGGAGAAUUCUUGUUUGUUCCGUUUAGUCCUUUCGUCAUUGAAACGUUGGGAAGAUGCCGCAGUUUGGCAUUAACGAUGGGAGCCUCAGGUUUCUUCUUUCUGCUCCUCAACAUCUGCACCAGCAGGGCUCUGUUGACCGUUUUGCUUUUUAUUCUCCGAGCUCUCGUGUCUGCAAACUUCAUCAUCAUCUACAUCUACACAGCAGAGGUCUAUCCCACGAAUAUCCGUUCCUUCGGACUGGGCUCCUGCAGUUCAAUGGCUCGUAUUGGAGCGAUGAUUGCACCCUUUAUUGCUCAGGUCCUACUGGCCACUUGGCCCAUCAUAGCCCUGUGCCUCUUCAGUGGAGUGUGCCUUAUUUGUUCUGUGUUGGCCUUCACCCUUCCAAUUGAAACCAAAGGACGGGCAAUGCAGGAGAUCAAACCAUCCUCUGAUGAACAAUGAAUGCAGUCCUGGAGUUUGUGAGUGUUAGACCAGAGGAAAUCUAAACUUUAUUCUUGGCACUUUUUAAAUAGAACUUCACCAGUAAGAGGUCAAGUAAUUUGCUGGAUUGUAAGUAUGGUGCGGUACUGGUGUGUACCAGGAAUCACACGCACGACUUUGACAGCAAGUCCAUCUCUUUCACAUCCUUCAAACUUCUGUUACCGUGCGUGGCCUUUGACAGAUCAAGGACAUUGCAAGAGGCUGCAAUCAUCGAGGAAUGUGUUCCAUUGUCUGCACUCAGGAAUUAAC